CACCAUUGUCUACGGCGAAGACGAGGGAGGAGAGGAAAUCGAGGAGCUAACAGAGCAGGGAUCGAACAGAGACACGAUUUUCCAACACAAUCUGACGAACGGAACACCAACCAAUCGAAAAGGAGCAAGUACAAAUCCAACAGGAAAAUAUACAAAUUUGAAGGCAAAAGGAAAAUUAUUCUUUCGUUGUAAUUUUGAGAAUGGAAAUCUUGAUGCGGCUAGGGAAACUGUACCACAGGCUGAAUGGGAUUUGGAAAUACGAGGAGACACCAACAAUUCCAAAUAUCGAGUUUGGUUCUACUUCGCCGUUUCAAAUGUCAAAAACAAGCAGGUUUGCAUUUUCAAUGUGAUAAAUUUUUCGAAGGGUAGGAGCCUUUAUCGUGAAGGCAUGACACCUUUGGUACGUUCCACUAAACGAACACAUUGGCAAAGAAUUCCUUCUAGAAACAGCUUUUACUACAAGAGCCCAAAGCACAAGAUGAAUUAUGUUCUGUCUUUCAUUUUUGAAUUCGACAAUGAAGAUGAAGAAUACUUUUUUGCCUAUUCCUUCCCAUAUACGUACAGCGACCUACAGAAAUAUUUAUAUCAGAUAGAAAGUCGAAAGCUGUCUUUUUGUAAACGAGAACUUUUGUGUAAAACCAUACUGCAACGCAGGGUGGAUCUCCUUGUGAUCGGCAAAGACCCACGUGGAACGAGAAAUUCUCUCAGCCAGAUUGAAUCCAGGAGAGGGGAAAGAAGACGAGUGGUUUUUGUGUCAGCAAGAGUACAUCCUGGAGAGUCACCUGCUUCGUACAUGUGUCAUGGGUUGAUAGAAUUUCUUUUGAGCUCAACCCCUUUAGCUCAAUUGUUACGAAAACACAUCACAUUCAUGAUUGUACCAAUGCUGAAUCCUGAUGGCGUUUUCCUUGGAAAUUACCGUACAGCCUUUUGUGGGCUUGAUCUGAACAGACAAUGGGCAAAUCCCGCAGAAUGGCUGGUUCCGGAGAAUUAUCAUGUCAAAUCGUUGAUCAAAGAACUUGCUGAUGAUCCUUGGAUCUCUUUGGAUUUUGUUAUUGACAUGCAUGCCCACUCAACAUCCAUGAAUGCUUUCUGCUUCGUAAAUCUUGUUGCUGAUGACUCUCGUGACAUAUCACGAAUGCAAGAUGAAUUGACAUUCUUGAGGUUGAUGAGCAUCAAUUGUAAAAUGUUCAGCCUCAACUCUUCAAGGAUUUGUUGCGACCCUUCAAAAUUGGGAACGGGGAGAAGGGAACUACCGCAAGUAGUGCAAGAUCAUACGCAUUGCUACACACUAGAGGCAUCGUUUUUCUGUUAUCAAAAUGUCGGCUGCCGUCCAACACCUUUUACUCAACAGACACUAAUUGAAGUAGGAAGGGAUGCUGGAAUUACAUUCUUGGACUAUUAUAGACUGAGAUAGUGCAAAAUCGGACAUCUUCAAUCAAUGAAAACUGAAAGUGGAUC